CUGUGAAUUGCCAGUGUAAAAAUGAUAUGGUUAAGCAUCCGAAACUUUGGUUUUUUUCUAUGGCAAAAAUUAUCUAUCUUCUCUCUUCCGCGCGAUAUUGCAUCCUAAAUCAACUACCUCAUUGCGCGAUUCAACCUCAUCCCUGACUACAUGGCCAAAUAUACACUUGAUAAAUUGAGGAGUACCCUUAUUCGUCUUGAAGAUACCAUUAUUUUCGCGCUUAUCGAAAGAGCACAGUUUGCCUAUAAUGCCUCUAUAUAUCAAAAAGGGGCGUUAGAAUUCAAAGGAGCUACAGGCGAAUUAAGUUUUCUAGAAUAUUUUUUAUGGGAAACAGAAAAAGUACAUGCAAAAGUUCGUAGAUAUACAAGUCCUGAUGAGUAUGCCUUCACAUCCCCUUUACCAGACCCCAUUCUUCCGCCCUUAGAGUUUGACAAGUUUCUUGCACCAAAUGAUAUCAAUGUUAACCAUAAAAUUAUGGAUAUUUACCUGAAAGAACUUGUCCCUCAUAUUUGUUCUCAGCAAGAAGGCGAUGAUAGAAAUUAUGGCAGCUCCGUGACACGCGAUAUUGAAGCUUUGCAGGCAUUAAGCAAGCGUAUUCAUUAUGGCAAAUUUAUUGCAGAAUCAAAAUUCAGGUCAAAUCCUAAAGAAUAUACACAACUUGCAUUGAUAGAAGAUAGAGAGAAAAUUGAUGAAUUGUUGACGAACAAAGCAGUAGAAAGAAAAGUAUUAGAAAGACUACGUAGGAAAGCACUGGUAUACGGGCAAACGUUAGACGAAGAACAAGAAGGCAAAAAUAUUCAUCUGAGAAUUCCUGUCGAAUUGGUAGUUGAUCUCUACAAACAGUGGGUAAUACCAUUGACCAAAGAAGUCGAGAUAGAAUAUUUGAUACAACGGGGCCAGCAAUUUGCUGCUAACAAUGAUCAACAAACUGAAGGGUUCAAAGAUGAAUAGCUCCUAUAUCACGUAAUGAGAGAAAAAAGCAGUAGCCAUGGAUAGAUCAAAUUUUCCGAGGUUGAUUCACCUGUAGUAUGUUUCGUUUCAAACAGAAUUAUAUCCCUUGUAUCUAUGAACAAUAAAAUGAGCCUUUUCUAUAUGUCUUAGGUGGUAGUUGCAUAUCUUAUUUUAUUUUCUUCUCAAGUGAUAAAGACUCUAGAAAACCAUCUUUUUUUUCCGCUUUUAAG